AAAAAAAUCAAAUCCAAUAAAAAAACGAUUUGAUAAUAGGAACCUCCACAUCGAGCAUUGAUCAUAUAUCAACAGCAGCAGAUAAUAUUGCAGACACAGCUCGUUCUCCUUCCACUUAUAUUUCGUUUACUCAAAAUGUCACUUGCUGCUCUUCAAACUGUCCGUACAGCUGUUCGUUUUUGCCCAAGAAGAAUAACUCCAAUCUUAGUAAGAUUGAAUUCAACCCAAGCUUCCUCACCUAUCGAUCCUAAAAUUUCAACAAUUGUUGAUCAGAUCUCGAAAUUGACCUUGUUGGAAACUUCAUCUUUGAUUAAUGAACUAAAAUCCAAAUUAAACAUUCCAGAUAUUUCAUUCCCAGCUGCAGGUGCUGCUCCUGCUGCUUCUGCUGCCGAUGAAGAAGCUGCUGCUCCAAAGGAAGAAGUUGAGGAGAAGACUAUUUUCUCUGUUAAAUUAGAAAGUUUUGAAACUAAGGCAAAACCAAAGAUUAUUAAAGAAGUCAAAUCAUUACUAGGUCUUUCAUUGGUCGAAAGCAAGAAAUUUGUUGAAGGUGCUCCAAAAAUUUUGAAAGAAAAUUUAAGUAAAGAAGAUGCUGAGAAAAUGAAAAAGACUUUAGAAGAUUUAGGUGCCAAAAUUUCAUUGGAAUAGAUCGAGUAAUUUCAUAAAACAUUAUUCACUUUUUAAUUAUAAAUCCUAUCACUACUCUAAUUCUUAUUUUGUCAUAAUUACUUCAUUUUUUUCUCUUGUAUAUAUACAUAUAUAUUGUUAUCUAUCCAAUAAUCAUUAUUCUACUUAUAUAAUUCAAAUUAC